AUGGGUGGCUUUUGGCAAGGCGUCUGGAGGCGCCAUUUUUAUCCCCAUAUUGUUGAUAUGGAUAGCGGGGUUAGCCGCAUGUCGUCCUUAGAUUUUCUCAGGGGGGUAGGGAUUCUCGGUAUGACGUUGGUCCACAGUCUUUUUAAUGCAGUGCAGUUAGACUACUUGUUAACCUUUGACCGCUGGUACAAAUAUGUACUCGCCAUCUUUGUGGGUCCGAUCUUGAUCUUUGCACCCUUCCGCGGAGUCUUUGCCAUUAUCUCUGGAACCGCCUACGCUUUCCUGACUGGUCAGACAAUGGUUUCUCUUCGCGAAUCCAAGAAGUCAUUCGUCUCGUGGUAUUUCAUAGGAAUUCUAAAAAGCGUCCUUUCCUUCUUCAUUCUUUGGCUUCUGGCCAUUAUUUAUCUCUAUUCUAUAGAACUAUGGCAAAUUCGUAUACCCAAUAAACAACCGGUAAUCUAUGAACCAAUCUGGAGGGUCGCCACUGUUUAUGCUUCUCCUUUAUCAUACUUUAGUAUUAGUUCCAUUAUAGAUUCUAUUAUUUUUCCUCCCAUAUUCCUCUUGUUUCUUGUAAUAUUUUCUAGACGCUUUCCCUCAACGACUUACAGUCCAAUCUUCAAGGCACCCAGUGUUGAUGACCUACAUCCUAACACUUCUGCUCCUCCCUCAGCUUCACUAAAGCAAAAAGCAACGACCAUGUCUCUUACAAGAUUUCAACCUUCUGCUUUUACCAUGGAAAAGCUCGACGCGACAGUCCCAGAGCAAACAGACAUCAGUGUUAAUGAUUCGGAGAGUCGAUCCACCGUCCCCGCCACAGCUACUCUGGAUGCAGAGGCUUCCCCAGGCGAGCAGACUGCCCGCAACAGCAUCGACAUACCCACAGCCAUCGCUCUACCCACACCUGCACCGAUUUCAGCUUAUUCGGCCACAGGUUACAUUGCGACCUCCUUGACGACUGCUGGGGUUAUUUUCCUUCUGUCUUACUGUAUUAUGAUACCAACGCCUUAUAUCGUUAGCGCUCUGAGCCGCCCCCUCAAUCUUGACCCCAAGCAGUUCUGCUUCCUACCUGACGGUUUUAGGGUUGACACAUUGAAAUCUCAGUCAGAAUACAUUAAGAUAUACUUCUUAGUCUCCUUGGGAGCUAACUACUACCCAGUUUUCCCAUAUUAUUGUGCAACAAUGAUGGGUUUUGUCCUCGGCCUCUGCCUCUUGUCCGCAUACUAUAGCAAAAAGGAGUACAAUCAAUAUCAGAUCAAUUCAUUUAAUAAAGAGCGGCAGAAUGUUGCCCUCCUGCGGCCAGAUGCCGCUACGAUGCCUGCACAAGGCGAUGAGCACACUCUCCACAGAUCCAAGCGGUAUAGCGACUUCCCUACCGCAGAUCCUAAGUUUGCACGCAUAAUAUAUGGCGUCAUGUGCGGCUUUGCAAGCGUCAUGAUCUGUUCUGGCUUUAUCGGAAUCGGGGUCAAGGGGACCUUCUUCGCCGGAAUCAACGGAGGCCUAGACCUCUCUGGUUACUGUAUGCCUCGCGAGGAAGGGAUGGCUGUUUUUGGAAUAGGAAUGCUGCUGAUAAUUGCAUUUGUAGCGCUCUUCGAAGGGAGCACCGUGAGAAACUGUUGCAAACACCUCCAACGAGCUUCAUAUAUCCUUCGCUUUAGUACUGUCUCUCUGACAAUAUUUACCUGUCAAAUAUGGAUUGACUUAAUGGGAAAGUUCAUUCUUUCGCGAUACUUCCCUAAGAUACUCAAUAAGAGCGAGGAGAACGUGUUUGUGAUCAUCCUGAUUAUACCAGUGACAAUCUUGACGUACUGGGUAUUUACAACGAUAUCCGACUCCAUUGACAAUAUGUGGACGCUUGACUGGAUGAUAUCGCGCAUAGGAGGGCUUGUAACUGGCCGGUACGGAAAGCAGAAGCCCCUGGUUGAAUACCACAGACGCGUCCGCCCCAUGUGUCUCCUUGCACGGGCUCCUCGCAAGGAAGCAGAUUUUGAUCUUGUUCCCGUUUACAAGGUAGCAAACUUUUGA